AUGGCAGCGGAAAAAACUGCAAAACUAGAUGUUAGUGAGUCAAUCAAAGAAUCACCGAAUAGAAAAGUGAAUUUAGAUAACAUUUUGGUUGAAGAAAUAGGCCAGUUCGGGAGAUAUCAGAUCAGAACUUUAACUCUGACAGUCGUGGUCAUGAUAUUUGUGGCGUGGGCUGCCACGGAGUACAUCUUCACCACGGCGAGGAUUGCAACCAGAUGUCUUAUCCCAGAGUGUGAGGGUUCGGAAGCUGCCGAAUUCUCUCCUGCAUGGAUAUCAAAUGCUGUGCCGGCGAAUGGAGGCUCCUUUGACGAUUGUUUUCGCUUUGACUCUAUCAAUGAGACUAUCAGAAGUAAUGUAAUGUGCCCUGCAGAAUGGUUUAACCGAGAAAAGGCCGUCAGAUGCGCUGAAUAUGUGUAUGAAAACACAAACACUGUUGUUUAUGAUUACGGAUUGGCAUGUGAUGAAUGGCAUCGAGCAUUCAUCGGCACGGCACGAACCUUCGGUGUCUUCUUGGCCCUCCCCAUCGUGGGGUUCACGUCUGACCGCUGGGGUCGCCGGUUCGCGCUCAGCCUGAACGCCGUCAACACGGCGUGGCUGGGCACCGUACGUUACUGGGCAGAUACUUACUACGGUUUUGUAAUUUCUGAGAUCGUUGAAGCUGCAUUCGGAGCUGGCGUCUUCUCCUGUGCCUAUAUUUUAGUUAUGGAACUAGUUGGGCCGGAAUACCGAGUCGCCGCGGGAGCGAUGAUCAACACUUCCUUCUCAAUCGGUCAAGUCCUUAUGGCACUUAUGGCUUCGGUCGUCCCUAACUGGAGAACUUUGACUCUCGCUCUUUUUGUACCACAAUUCAUAACUAUUUCGUACUUUUGGAUUAUGUCCGAGUCUGUUCGAUGGUAUUUGAGUAAGGGUCGUUAUAAAGAUGCUGCAGAAUUUCUCAAAAACGUGGCUCGAGUAAAUAAUCGUCAACUGUCGGAUCGCUCGCUACAGGCGUUGAAAGAAAAUGCAGAAGCUGAGAAAAUACGAAUGGCUUCAGAGAAAGAAAUGAAAGCACAGGAACCUUGGCUGAUAGUACUAGUAUUUCGGAACAAAGCGAUCCUCACAAGAUGUUGCAUAUCGCCAGUGUGGUGGUUCACGAGCGCUCUGGUUUAUUACGGCAUGACGAUCAAUGCAGUGAAUAUGUCUGGCGAUCGAUAUUUUAAUUACAUGGCAGUGGCUGCAGCAGAAAUUCCCGGAUACUGGAUAGCUGUAGUGCUAAUGGCUAGAAUCGGCAGGAAGCCUGUUCUUAUUGGCGCCUAUUGGAUAUGUGGCGCUUGUCAAUUGGGAUAUAUUUUCUUGCCUCAAAAUAUGUUUGCCCUGUCCUUGAUGGUGUACCUGACCGGCAAGCUCAGCAUAGCAGUCGUGAUGAUGUCCUUGUACAUAUACACCUCUGAGAUCUACCCCACUCGAUACAGACACACUCUAUUCGCCUUCUCGUCUAUGAUCGGACGAAUAGGUUCCAUGGUUGCUCCACUCACUCCAGCAUUUGGUGCAGCGCUUUUUGAAAAUUUCCCAUCGGCGUUGUUCUGCGGAUUGUCCGUACUGUCUGGUGCUUUAGUGCUCCUAGCCCCAGAGACCCUCGGCACCAGGCUCCCUGACACCAUGGAGGAGGCUACUGUGAUUGGCGAGAAGAAAACUGAGCAUCGUGUGUAAUUAUUUAAGUGGGCAAAUCUCAUCUCACGAUCUGUGUUAUUCAGAAAAUAGUUAUUAUACAUUGUAGCUGUCAUACUAUUUCAAUCGAUUGACAGUGUCAGUUCGUUACACACCUUCUGAUGGAUUUGAGGAGACCCGUUCUCAGUAGUGGACCGGCGAUGGGCUUGAUGAUUAUGGUGUUUUAAUUUUUCCAGUUUUACCUGCGAUAGACUUUCCAUCGAUCUAUCUAUCGAUAGAAAGUCUAUGUAGGUAAAAUAAUUCUGCAAACUGAUCUGAUGCUAUAUACUUUUUAGUAUUUUUCAACAGUUAUCAACAUUUUGUUUUGGA